GAACAACCGGAGAGUAGACAUGCUUAACCGUCAGUGCACGUAGGGUCCUGCAAAGGUUUAUCCGGACUUUAUGAAGCAGCACUGAGUUAUGACAGGGGUCAUGCUUAAAUCCGAACCUGUUGGUAACUGAGUCGCAGAAAUAACACUUUCAGAAAAUCAGUUGAAUUGGAACAGUUGAGCCAGCCGGUCUGACAGUCAGCGUGUGGGAAUGGCAGCUCCCCGGCCGAUAAAAGGCAUCCUGAAAAACAAGAACAGCGGGACAAACGUCAAAUCGCUGCCCGACGACGUACAGGCAGAGAUUCCUGAACAAGCCCCUGGACUCUCAGAGGAUGACCAACAGAAGAAGUCCCAGAAAUGGGAUGAGAUGAACAUCCUGGCCACAUACCAUCCAGCCGACAAAGACUAUGGCCUGAUGAAGAUAGAUGAACCCAGCACACCUUACAACAGGAUGGUGGGGGAUGACGACGACGAGGGUGCGCUGAGUGACUCAGAUGGCCACAGUGGACUCGCAGCUGAUGACCUGGCAUCAAAGCUGGUGGCAGCAGAGGGCGCAGAGCCUCGCUUCAUGAAGGAAGAGGAGGAGGAAGAAGAGGAGAGCAGUGAGGAGGAGGAAGAGGAGCUUAGUCCUGAAGAACAAGCCAAAAAGAAGCAUUUUCAGAUGAUGAGGAAGAUGCACUACAAUGAGGGCCUGAACAUCAAGCUGGCACGCCAGCUCAUUGCCAGCGAGCUGGAAGAUGAUGAAGACGCAGACGAGGAGAUGAGGGACGACACAGAAGAGGCGAGGGAGGACGCAGAGGAGACGGAGGAGAUCAGUGUUGACCCGCCACAAGAAGCUGAUUCUCUGGACUCGUAGAUGAGGCCUCUCCUCCACCUUCAGCCCUGUGUGUGGGCUCAAGAUCCAGACAGGCAAUGCCACUGCGCUCUGUGUUUUAACGCUGGGCCGUACAGCACACACCGCUUCACCACCCAUACAACAACCCUCAACAGCCAAUAACCUCCCGGUCGCCUGUCUGUCUCUACUGUUCCUUAGAACUGUGUAAUAUAACCUUCAAACACACUGGUUUUUAUCUCCCAGAAUCAGUACAACACACAAGUGAAGACUGUUGCUCCUUCCCCCUCCUCCCCCCCUCUCCUGUUGCCAAGAAUUUCCCCCUCCCACCUCCUCUGGACUGGCGUCACACUGAAGAAUACGCGUUUCUGACCCUGAAAGGAGGAUCAAGGCCUUUUUUUAAAAAAAGAGAAAUAAAAAAACAAAGUGCCGGAUAACCAGGACUCCCGUCUGGCCGCUCCACAGCCCCCAGGCCACAGAGCCAAUACGUCAGCCCUGGAGGAAGCCAGGGGAAACCCCACGGCCUCACUAAAGGCAUAUCUGAGACAUGAUGACUGCGCUUAUACUGGGUGCACUUCCGACGGCUGUUAUUUUUGUUUCGCUUUGUGACCAACCAAUGUGUUGCAUUUUCUUUCCUCCUUCAGGACUUUCUGUGAUAAAAGUUGGACACCGUGAUGACCAGUUAGGUUGUUGUCUUUGUUUUUGAAGCCUGUGGCUUGCCUUGUAAUUCAGGUAAGCUAUUCAUAUUGGCAUCAUUGUGUUAUGAUGAUUUGGGAUCUAUGUAUUAGUCUAGUAAUACAAGAAAACAUAGCCUACAUGAUCUAAAUUUCAUUAGUGAAAAAUCCUACAACCAACAAUAUAGUACAUACUGUUCAUUGACAGACUGUAUGGCUUUUUGCAACAUAGAUUGUAAGUAUUAUAUUGGCACUUUGACCCAGGAUGUCUUAUUUUAUGUUCUCUCUUUACAAGCAAGAACACCACACAAAACCUCAUUUUAAAUUCUGGCAGUUUUAAAUACAUGUAUACUUCAUGGAACCAGACUGUAGGCCUUUUUUCCAAAUUGAAUCCACUGGUAAAUUUGGUAUAUAGGCUGUUAAGAGGCACUUUUUUCAGUAAGAACUGACUUCAACUUCAGUUGAUUUGCAGUUCCUGCUCCUGCACAUCAGUUUGUUUUGUGGAAGAAGAUUUCAGGACAAGCUGGUGAUCAUUUUCCAAAUGUUCAGUCAAGACUGAGUCAGGAUUCUGUGUUUGUCCUGGCCUCACAACAGUAAGGUAUGAACUUGGCUCUCAAGGCAUUUAAUCUCUUUAUGGUAGUAAGAUGGACAGUAUUGAAGUCCCACAUGUGGGGUAUAGCAUGUGCUACUGAUGAACAGGACAGUCUUCCGUCUUUAACAAGUUUUCAGCCCGAGGCUCUGAUGUAGAUCUGACCAAUGAGAAACCAGCGCUCACUGUGCUCUUACUUACAUGACUUGUGUAUUUAAGUUCUCAUUGUAUGGGUGCUCCACCACAUAGCAUUUGCAAGUAAAUUAUUUUGAGGAAGGUAUAAACCUCUAGUUUGUCUUCAUCACACUUUAGUUAAUGUUUUCUGAUCUACUUGUUGUGUCUUGUACGACGCAGCUUGAGAAUGUCGAAGGAGUUGUUAUUGAUGCUACUGAUUUUAGUUAAAGCAGAUGUUGGCGUUGGAGUUAACCACUAAGGCUUAUUGGAGGUGUUUCGGUGAUUUUCGUAAUGUCUGGGGUUCCUUUAACGGUCACAAAAGUUUCAGUCUUAAAAAGUUGUUUGAUUUGUCAAGCGUAUUGAGGAAAAAAAGACAGCGAUCCUGGUGCGACCUAGCUCGCACUGUUGUUGUUGUUGACUGUCAGUUUGUGGGGAAGUGUCCUCUGUGGACAUGCACAGUGUGAGUAAACAGAGGAAGUGAUUGCCCCCGAGAAAAGCAUGUAGGAGCCCUGAGGAUGUCUUGUGUUGUGAUCUCUUAAUUUUCUUUGGACCCUUUAAUUCCUUCCUCACUGUGAUUGAAGGUGUUGAGCUCUGUAGUAUGGAAACACGAAAGAUCAAAGACCAACAGUGUGACUUCUGCAAACUGUUUGCAAGCUUUUUUUUUUGUUCUCAUAGCUUAGUAUUUGGUGGCAUUUUCUCUCCGCGAUCCAGGUUAAAGCAACUUCCCUUCGACUUUGUGCACCAACCAUCAGGAACUCGGUAUACUGAGUAGACAAAACAUUUGAGCAGUUAAUUAUCACAUGAUUAUUGUGGAGAAACAGGAAUAUGUCUGGAAAUCCGGCUUUGACAGUACUGCUAAACUGAACCACAGAGCAGCUGAUAUGAUUCGUUUAUUUUUUCACUGAAGACAAAAGGACAAGAUCGUCCAAAACAUGACUGACGUGAUCACCCUGUAGGUGGUUAAAAUCUGUCAAAUGUGCCUCUUAUGUAUUUAUGUACAUGUGUGUAAAACGAACAGGCUAUGCUCCAUGUUACUGUAUUUUUGGUGUGCUGUUUUUCCCUUUACCUCACGUGACCAUUGUCUCGCUUUUUGUUUUCAUGCCACUUCCUGCCCCGUUUGGUUUGUUUUCUAAGGAUGACAGACUGCUAAGCAGUCCCAUGACUCUGCACUGUGUGUCUGUCUCAAGAUGACGUGGAUGUCAGAUCUGUGAGUUUUUGUAUUUCCAGUUUGCAUGUUCUUAAUCAUCAGGUUGUGUGUAUUCUGUUUUGGUUUUGUCUCAUACCAUUAAACAAAUGUUGUUAGGA